AAGGUUGCGUGUAUAUGAAGAGAGGUUAAAUGCAGUUGGUUUUCCGAUUCUUCCGCAGUUAUUUUCUUUUUGCAAGAAAAAUGAAGUUCUUUGUAUUUUGUCUUUGCGUUGCCCUCGCAGCUCAGGCCACUCUCGGCGAAGAAUGCACAUAUACAAUGGAAAAAAUGUGCUCAUUGGUACCUAAUGCAACAUAUACUGAGAGGGGAUGCUGGUAUUACUGCAGAAUUAAGGCUGAAUUUGAAGUGUUCCAAGGAACAAGACUAGACGGUGAAGCUUGUACAUCUAUUGUUGGAGGUGGUGAUGGAGUUUGUAGGAAUGGACUUUGUUGGCCUUCACAAUAAGAAAGCGACUUAUUUUUCAUUUUUCUUGUAAAAAUUAUUCUGAAACCUUUCAAUAUUAAAGUUUAUUUUUGAUUUUA